AUGCCGCCCGCAAUGGCCACGCUCACCACCACCUCCCCUCCCCUCCUCCUCCUCAGCAUCAUCCUCUUCCUGCUGGCUGACGCCGCCGCCACGGCCGACGCGGUGCGGUUCGACUACGCCACGCUGACCCUCGCCACUCUCAAGCUGCUGGGCGACGCGCACCUCAACAACAACACCAUCCGCCUCACGCGGGACCUGCCGGUGCCCACCUCGGCCGCGGGGCGGGCGCUCUACGCGGCCCCCGUUCGCCUCCUCGCCGGCUUCUCCACCAGCUUCGCCUUCACCGUCACCACGCUCAACCGGGGCUCCGUCGGCGGGGGGCUCGCCUUCGUCGUCGCCCCCGACGCCGCCUCCGUCGGCGACGGCGGGGCGUUCAUCGGGCUCGACCCCGCCGCCGACGUCGCCGUCGAGUUCGACACGCUCAUGGACCUCCAGUUCGGGGACGUCAACGGGAACCACGUGGGCGUCGAUCUCGGCAGCAUGGUGUCCGUGGCCGCCGCCGAUCUGGAUUUGGCUGGGGUCGAGCUCACCAGCGGGAGGACCGUGUACGCGUGGAUCGAGUACGCGCCGGGGAAGGCCAUGGACGUGUUCGUGUCCUACUCGGCCAAGCGGCCCCCGGCGCCGGUGCUGUCGGCGACGGUCGAUCUGGCGGGCUAUGUCAAGGAGCAGGCGUUCGUGGGGUUCUCCGCUUCCACGCAGGGCAGCACGGAGAUCCACGCCAUCGAGUGGUGGAGCUUCUCGACCCCGUCCCCUCCUUCCCCGGCGCCGUCCAAGCCGCCGCCCGUUUCCGCGGUUGCUCCCCCUCCGGCGAGGGUCCUCGACCCGACGCUUCCCUCUACUCCGCAGCUCCCGGGCAUCACGCCGCCAGCGACACCAGCGACGGUUUCGGCACCGCCGACCAGCUCAGUUACUGCGGCGAGCGCCCCGGCCAUUUCGGUCGCUCGGAAUAAUGCCAAGACGCCGCACCCGCCUCCACAAGGGGCCGUGGCCGGCGCCGCGACGGCGGGGGCAGUCGUGGCGGCGUCGUUCGCGGGCUUCGCGCUCUGGGCGCUCGCGCGCCGCGCCAAGGCUAGGAAGCGGGACGCCAUGGCGGUGGCCACGAAGCGCGACAACGUGGCGUCGGCGGCGGCCAUGGCGCGGUCGCCGCGGGAGUUCUCCUACAAGGAGCUCAGCGCCGCGACGCGGGGCUUCGACGCGUCCCGGGUCAUCGGCAACGGCGCGUUCGGCGUCGUGUACAAGGGCAUCGUCCCGGACACGGGCGCCAUGGUCGCCGUGAAGCGGUGCACCAACGCCAACGCCGACGGCGCGCAGGCGCGGGCCGAGUUCCUCUCCGAGCUCUCCAUCAUCGCGGGCCUCCGCCACCGCAACCUCCUCCGGCUCCAGGGCUGGUGCUACGAGAAAGGCGAGAUCCUGCUGGUCUACGACUAUAUGCGCAACGGCAGCCUGGACCGGACGCUCUUCGACGCCUCCUCCCCGGCCCUGCCGUGGCGCCACCGCCACGAGAUCCUCGCCGGCGUGGCCUCCGCGCUGGCCUACCUCCACCACGAGUGCGACCGCCGCGUCAUCCACCGGGACGUCAAGUCGAGCAACGUGAUGCUGGACGAGUCGUACCGCGCGCGGCUGGGCGACUUCGGGCUCGCGCGGCAGGCCGAGCACGGCGCGUCCCCGGACGCCACGGCCGCGGCCGGCACCAUGGGGUACCUGGCGCCGGAGUACAUGCUGACCGGCCGCGCCACCGAGGCCACCGACGUGUUCAGCUUCGGCGCGCUGGUGCUGGAGGUGGCGUGCGGGCGGCGGCCCAUCGGGACGGAGGGCCGGUGCAACAACCUGGUGGAGUGGGUGUGGAGCCUGCACGGCGAGGCCCGCGUGCUGGACGCCGUCGACCCGCGGCUCGGCGGCGAGUACGACGAGGGGGAGAUGCGGCGGGUGCUGCUGGUGGGGCUUGUGUGCUCCAGCCCGGAGCCGGAGCGCCGGCCGGGGAUGCGCGCCGUGGUGCAGAUGCUGAGCGGGGAGGCGGACCCGCCGUUCGUGCCGGCGGCGAGGCCGUCCAUGAGCUUCAGCGCCAACCACCAGCUGCUGCUGAGCCUCCAGGACAGCGUGUCCGACUACAACGCGCUGGGGCUGAACCUGUCGGAUGAGGACUCCUCGUCCGACUCGCUGAGCUCGUCGUCGCUCACCAGCACUCUGCGCAAGGGCGGCCACGACAUCGGGUUCAGCAGCACCGCCGGCGGCGACGCCCGGUGA